CCCCUCUGAUCCUCCAAGCAUCCAUCCAAACUCACCAUGGCCGAGAAACCCGCCGCCAGUAUCCACGUGGAGAACGAUGAGCCCGUCAAGGAAGUGGCCAAUACUUCUUUGGCGGUGGUGACGUUCGACAAACCAUCGCUAUGGAGUAAGAGCAUGUUCAAGUUGUAUGGUUGCAUCGGCGUCGCCAUCCUCAACUCCUGCAUCAACGGCUACGAUGGAUCCCUCAUGGGUUCCAUCAACAGCUACGCCCAGUACCGCGAUUACUUUGGUUUCGAUCCGACUGAGGGAACCCCGUCUACGGGAAUUGUCUAUGCCAUUUACACUAUCGGGAAUAUCGUCGGUUCGUUUUGUGCUGGUCCGUUUACUGAUUUCAAAGGUCGAAGAGUCGGAAUGGCCCUCGGCGCCAUCUUCAUCAUCGUCGGCACCAUCAUCCAAGCCACCUGCCACAAUCUCGGCGGCUUCAUGGGCGGUCGAUUCAUCCUCGGAUUCGGAGUCGCCAUCUCCGCCACCGCCGGACCCGCCUACGUCUCCGAGAUCGCCCACCCGGCCUACCGCGGCGCCAUGACGGGUCUCUACAACGUGCUAUGGUUUGGCGGCGGUAUCCCCGGAACCUUCAUCCCAUGGCGAACCAGCCAGCUAGAGGGAACAAUGAGUUGGCGGAUUCCUAUCUGGCUUCAGAUGGUGUUUUCGGGGUUGGUGUUGGUGUUUUGUCCUUUUAUUCCAGAGAGUCCCCGCUGGCUCAUAUCCCGCGACAAACACGACGCAGCCCUAAAAGUCCUAGCGGAGUAUCACGGCAACGGCGACCGAAACUCCCCCACCGUCCAACUGGAAUACCAUCAAAUGAUCGAGGAUAUUUCCCAGACGGGGUCGGAUAAGCGAUGGUGGGAUUAUCGUGAGUUGUUUAAUACUCGCGAAGUGAGGUAUCGGUCCAUGUUGGUGAUUAUUAUGGCAAUAUUCGGCCAAUGGUCCGGCAACGGCCCCGUAAGCUACUACUACCCACAAAUGCUCCGCGGGGCAGGAAUAACCAGCAACAACACGCAACUUCUCCUGCAAGGACUCCAAAACGUGGUAUCGUUACUGGGCGCCGUCUUCGGAGCCCUAAUCACCGAUCGAAUCGGGCGCAGAACCCAACUCCUCACAUCCACCACCAUCGUGGUGAUUCUCUUCGUGAUCGUCACUGCUCUCAACGCCACGAAUGUCGUCGAUGGCCCUGACGGCACCCCCAUCGCCAAAAGCGGAAUCGCAGCGCGAGCCCAAAUCGCGAUGAUUUUCAUCUUCGGGUUUGUGUAUUCGGCUGGUUGGACGCCGAAUCAGGCUAUGUAUCCGGUUGAGUGUUUAAGGUAUGAGAGUCGGGCGAAGGGGAUGGGGAUGAAUAAUUUCUUCGUCAACAUCGCCUCGUUUUACAAUACUUUUGUGACGGGGAUUGCGUUUACGGGUGCCGGGUGGAAGUAUUACUUCCUGUUUAUAUUCUGGGAUACGAUGGAGGUGGCGGUGAUUUAUUUCUUGUUUGUGGAGACGAGUAAGCGCACGUUGGAGGAGUUGACGGUUAUUUUUCAGGAGAAGAAUCCGGUCAGGGCGUCGUUGAGGAAGAGGGUGGUUGUUGUGGAGGAUGGGGAGGGGGGGAAGGAGGUUAGUAGGGUUGAGUAG